AUGACAUCAGCCUACGAACCGCCAUCCUCGCCAGCAAUCCAUGGAUCGAGUCUAGGGGAAGAGUUGGCAUACUACAAGGCGCAGUAUGAGCAGCUGGAAGUCGAACUGCAGGAAUUUCAGGCCUCGAGCCGGGAGCUGGAGGCGGAACUGGAGAAGGACGUAGAGGCGUCGGAGAAGCGGGAAAGGCAGUUGAAAGAGAAGGUUGAGGGGCUGGGCUUUGAGGUUGAGGAGUGGAAGGCAAAGUACAAACAGUCCAAAGCCGAGGCCGCCUCGGCGCAGAACACAUUGCAAAAAGAGAUCACGACCCUGCGCGAUUCGAAUCGGACGCUCCAGCUCAAACUCCGCGACAUCGAAGUAGCGAAUGACGACUUUGAGCGCCAGGCGCGUAACACGACCUCCUCCCUCGAAGACCUUGAAUCGAAAUACAACGUCGCAAUAGAGCGAGGCGUGAUGCUGGAAGAAGAGAUGAAGGCCAACGAGCAGGAACGCGAGUCGCUACGUAUAGAAACCCAGCGUCUGCGCGAGGAGCUCUCCGACCUCAAGAUCGAAGCCGAGAUCGUGCAAGGCAAGCUCCGCCACGCCGAAGCAACCGUAGCACGGCAGCGCGACAACAAGGUUCGGGCGAUCAAAUCGCAAGGCGUCCUCCGCCCACGCUCCCCCGUCUCCGAAGCCUCCACCUCAGCAACGACGCUCUCCUCGCCCACCGCCUCAACGCCCCCGCCGCUCAAGUCCGAUACCUCCUCCGCUGUGACCGCAACACCUCCCUCGCCGCCCCUCUCCGACGCUUCCUUAACCGCAAACGUGAAUGCAGCAAAUCUUACCACGCCCCUCCCCACCAUCAAGAAGCGUCCGCCGACCGCCACAGCGCCAACCACGACCCCUAGACCGAACUAUUCAAACACCACCAUCCGCGCCCCCCGCCACUCCCGCGGCCCCUCCCUCCCCGUCCCCAGCUCCACCAACCCAGCCGGCCGUACAACCCCCUCGCUACCCCGGCGCACAGCCCCGACCCCAUCCGCAGCGCCUACACCCACCACCACUCGCCAAACCCGCCCAACGCGCCAAAGCACCAUCAGCAGCAUCCGCGGGCUAAUAGGCAAGAUGCAAAAGCUCGAGCAGCGCGUACAUUCCGCGCGCUCGAAACUACCCGCCCCAUCCGCCACCCCCGAGCGCGCAAGUCCGAACCCCAGAGAUGGCCGAGGAAGCGCGCUGGGCCACCACGUUCCAAGCACCGUCACAGUGCGGAGUUCGCGGAAACGUGUCAGCGGCAGCACGGCUAUGACUAUGAGCACGACUCAUACAGCUGCUACCGACGCCAAUCCCGCUGCAAGCGUUGGAGCUGGAGACACGCUUGAGCCCCGCAAACCGCGCCGCGCAGUAAGUAGGCUCUCCUUCGGGCACAGCGCCCGCGCCAGCAUCAGCGGCGCGCCCGAGCGCUCGGCAAGCAGGCUCGGGACAGAGGAGAGCAGGCCUAGCAGCCGCGCCAGUGUAGCCAGUUUCGUGAGUAACACCUUCCGCCCGAGCAGCCGGAGUAGCAUGUCCGGCGCGCGGGCGCCGCUGCUGGGCUCCGAAGGGGUUUUUGCUCCUCCCACCAGCAACGCGGACGGAAGGCCGGGGAGUGGGAUGGGCGGCGUGUUUGGGCACGGCCAUGGGCAUGCGUACGGACACGGCCACUCAGCGAGCAUCAGCGUAAUGGAAGAAACCGACACGUUCGCAACACCCACGCUACCACGACAUUCGGCUGCCCGCGCGGCCAGAGACUCGAUCGGCUCGGCGAUCCCGACGCCGAGCGCGCUGCCCAGGCGGAAGAGCGGAGGCGUGGCGGUAAGUGGAGGGGGGAGGAGGAGCAGCGUCGGGUUAGCAAGGCCGGGGUCGAGCCACAGGCCGGGGUCGAGUCAUAGUGAGAAAGGGGGAGGGGAUAUGCCGCCGCCACCGACAACGACGGCGGGGCGGACGAGGAAGUUGAGUGGGGUUGGAGAAACGUACUGA